GUUUGACCUUCUCCGCUCCGCAGCAGCAGCAGCCGUCACGUGUGACAAGCUGGUGGCUUCACGAUGAGUUUCGCACCUUCAGGAUUGUUGAAUUGUUAAUGCUGAUCCUUUAAAUAGUGACGCCGUACAGGCUUCUGCCACAAUAAACCAAGGGAACAAUGGUGAAGUACUUUUGCUGUGCAGGUUUGCUAAAAAGCACCUGGGACCAAGUGUGCAUUGCUUUUUGGCAGAAAUAUCCAAACCCUUACAGUAACCACGUCUUGACGGAGGAUAUCAUCUUCCGAGAAGUCACCCCAACCAACUGUCUGAUUUCCAGACGUCUGUUGACCAAAACUAGCCGCUCGCCUCGCUGGAUGGAACGAUAUCUUCCCAAGCACAUGGCCAGCUCGGCCUACAUCAUCGAGGACUCCAUCAUCGACCCUCAGCAACGGACCAUGACCACGAUGACGUGGAACAUCAGCCACGCUCGUCUGAUGUCUGUGGAGGAGCGGUGCAAGUAUCGAAUCAACCCCGAGAAUGGCAGCUGGACGGAGAUUACAAGAGAAGCCUGGAUCUCCACCAGUGUCUACGGGCUCUCUAGAGCUAUUCAGGAAUUUGGUCUGGCGCGAUUCAAGACCAGCGUCACAAAGACUAUGAAAGGCUUUGAGUACGUGCUUGCCAAAAUGCAAGGUGAAACGCCAUCAAGAACCUUAGCAGAAACGGCUACAGAGCGGGCGAGGGAGACGGCGCUGGCAGCUAAAGAGAAAGCCAAGGACCUCGCCUCGCAUGCUCAGAAGAAACAAUACGUCUGAUGAGCUAGUUGAUUCAUUGGUUCCGCAGCCACUGAUACUGGGACAGAUUUACAUUCACCAACUCUCAAUGUUCAGUCAGCACUGGGUUAAUACCAACGCUAAUCCCAGUCAUGGUGAAACACCUCUGUGAGGAUGCAUUCGAAUGAAAUGGUGGGUGGACCAUUUAAAGGCCUGAGCUGGGUUCAAGAGCCUGUCCCAGCCUCCCUGAUUAUAUUUCUCUUGAGUUUAUUAUACCUCUGACGCAACAACACCUCAGUAUUAACCACGGAGACGAAUAUUGGAAGAUUGGCUGAAUGUGGCUGAAAUAAAGGACGACGACCAACGCUGGAAGUGUUCCUUAAACCUUUACUUAAACCGUGUCCCUGUAUGUUUCAUUAAUUUGUAACGGCUCCCUUUUCUUUGUGGUCUUUUAGCAGCAUUGCUCCAAAAUAUGUUUAAUAAUUUAUAAUUCAGUUGUUGCAUUCAUUCGUGUUUUUUGUUCAUGUCAUCCGAUCAUACCUUAAUCACCUCACCAAGACUGAUUAUCUUAUUGCCUCAAGCUAAAGUGUAUCAGCUCAACCUCCAAGUUGUCGGCAAUCUUUGCUUGAUAGGAAAUACUGCGUAGCUCCUCUGCUGUGGUGAGAGCUUUGCAUAAUAGCAUCUUCAGCCAAAUUGCUAUGUAUGUUCACCCUAGAGCUUGUUUUGUGACUGGAAGUACAGCUUAUCAAUAAAUGGACAUUUUGUAAUCAUAAUGUUGUAACAUCCUGUAUGUAUGACGUUUACACCAGUUGUGAUUGAUUAGCAGGGGAUGAGGGGGGUCAAGCUUUCAAAGCUUCUAUGCUCGUUUUGUUGGUUUGCUGCAAAUCCCUCUAAAUAAAAUAUUUG